UCACCAAGGACGCCAGAGCCCACAGGUGUAGUUUUGUUUCUGAGUUUGGAUCUUAUUGUAACUGCUGAUGGUUAUGACAAACCCGGACCUGGAUCUCCCUCCACUGUACCUGCAGAGACGCGCUGUGAACAAGACAGGCCUUCCCCAACCACAGCGCCGCCGCCUGCACCACCCAGCCCCUCGCCCUCACCCGUGCCCGAGAGCCCCUCUGUGAAGAAGUACAACGUGAGCGGCACCAACGGGACCUGCCUGCUGGCCAGCAUGGGGCUGCAGCUGAACCUCACCUACGAGAGGAAGGACAACACGACGGUGACAAGGCUUCUCAACAUUAACCCCAACAAGACCUUCGCCAGCGGGAGCUGCGGCGCCCACCUGGUGACUCUGGAGCUGCAGAGCGAGGGCACCACCGUCCUGCUCUUCCAGUUCGGGAUGAAUGCAAGUUCUAGCCGGUAUUUCCUACAAGGAAUCCUGUUGAAUACAACUCUUCCUGACGCCAGAGACCCUGCCUUUAUAGCUGCCAACACCUCCCUGAGAGCCCUGCAGGCCACCGUCGGCAACUCCUACAAGUGCAACGCUGAGGAGCACGUCCGCGUCACGAAGGCGUUUUCGGUCAACAUAUUCAAAGUGUGGGUCCAGGCUUUCAAGGUGGAAGGUGGCCAGUUUGGCUCUGUGGAGGAGUGUCUGCUGGACGAGAACAACAUGCUGAUCCCCAUCGCCGUGGGCGGCGCCCUGGCGGGGCUGGUCCUCAUCGUCCUCAUCGCCUACCUCGUCGGCAGGAAGAGGAGUCACGCCGGCUACCAGACCAUCUAGCCCGGCGCGCGCAGGCACAGCAGCUGCAGGGGCCUCUGUUCCUUUCCCUGGGCUUAGGGUCCUGUCGAGGGGGAGGCACACUUUCUGGCAAACGUUUCUCAAAUCUGCUUCAUCCAAUGUGAAGUUCAUCUUGCAGCAUUUACUAUGCACAACAGAGUAACUAUUGAAAUGACGGUGUUAAUUUUGCUAACCGGGUUAAAUAUUUUGCUAACUGGUUCAACAUUAAUAUUUACCAAAGUAGAACUCUGAGGGUGGCAAUGCUGCUCUCAAUUGGCACUGGCUCCACUAUCAUUUGACGUUAGGACUCUGGUGUUUGGUUUCUUCAUUCUUUACUGCACUCAGAUUUAAGCCUUACAAAGGGAAAGCCUCCGGCCGUCACACGUAGGACGCAUGAAGGUCACUCGUCGUCAGGCUGACAUGCUGCCACAUUACAACAGCAGAGAGGGAAACUCCUAAGAGGAACUCCAGAGAUGUGUGUCUGGAGCACUUCAGUUCAGCUUUAAAAGCCAGGACAGGCCUGGCCACACACGGCUGGCGGCCUCGUUCCAGCGGCGGCAUGUCCUUGGGCGUCUCUAAUGCUCUGCGGCUCAAGGGCUGGCACUUUUUUAAAUAUAAAAAUGGGUGUUGUUUUUAUUUUUUUUGUAAAGUGAUUUUCGGUCUUCUGUUGACAUUCGGGGUGAUCCUGUUCUGCGCUGUGUACAAUGUGAGAUAGGUGCUUCUCGUGAUGUUUCGCCGCGGCUUGGGGAUUGUACACAGGACCGGCUCACGUAAUGCAUUGCCUGUAACAAUGUAAUAAAAAGCCUCUUUCUUUUU